GAGGUCAAGGGGAAACUGGAUCGGCGGUAGCCUUACGACAGAACUCCUUGCUGCCCCCGCUGCCGGCUCACUUGUAUAUAAGAGCGGCCGGCGAUGAAAUGGACAGUACUCGACUACAGCACUCCAAAACCUCAACAUGAAGUUUGUGAUCAUCGCCGCCCUCGCCGCCGUGGCCUUCGCCGACUAUGGCUCCGUGGGAUCCAGCGAGGAGGCAGAAAUCCUGCAGCACGACUUCGUUCUUGAAGAAGACGGCAGGUACAAUCUGGACGUGAAGACCAGCAACGGCAUCUUGGUGUCCCAGCACGGCAGCCCAGACGGCCCCGAGGGUGCCGUGGUCAAGAGUGGAGUGUUCUCCUACACCGCCCCUGACGGCACUCCCGUUGAGGUCAAGUUCGUCGCCAACGAGCACGGCUACCAGCCAGAGUCUGACCUGUUGCCCGUGGCCCCCGAGUUCCCACACCCCAUCCCCCAGUUUGUGCUGGACCAGAUCGCUAAGGCCGCCGAGGAGGACCGCAACCGUUCUCCCGAGGACAGAUACACUUAUGCUUAAUUAAACACCUGAUACACAGAGUGAAAGUUGUGAAUGUCUGGUAGAACAAAACAUGGUGCGUGUGUGGUGUUUUUUUUUAUCGAUUUAUUUAUAUGUAUGAUAAUUUAUAUAAAUAAAAAUUUUGCAUGAA